AUGUCGCACCUUUGCCGUCUUGUACCACGUGCAGCAUCGAACAUUCUCUAUGUUUCACGUAUGAAUGCACAUAAUUUACCACCAGGUUCAACAGUCAAAGUACCCGAAGCUAAAAGUGGCCAUCAUAUCGUAUCUGGCUCAGGCCAAUUCAUUGCUACUGAUGGUCCAUCAGGUUCGAAAAGAAGUGGUAUCGGUGGUGGCAGCAGUGCGAGCAUGUUACCAGGCGCUCAAACAGCUGACGAUCAUACCAACCCAACAAAAACAACUGGUGAUGCUAAACAGUCCCAUCAUCAGGCACAAGGUGGUUCAGAUAAAUCACAUCAAUCACUAUUGAAGAGUCCAGUUGGUCAAUUUGGUAUGGUAGCCGUUGCUGUUUUAUCCAUCUAUGCUGCCUAUAAGAUGUUGGCGGGCAAUUCACCUGAUCAAAAAGCCAACUUUCGCGAUAAACAAGCACGUGUAACGAGACCUGAUCUUCAAGGUCAAUCCGAUGUUCAUGCUAAACUUGCCGAAGAACACCAUGCGAAGAAACCCCGAGAAGCAGUCAAUCCGUCAACCAAUACCAAGGCACAUUAA